AUGGAGUUCCAUUCAGAUGGUAUUGCGUGCGCAACAACAAGGUCGUUUGUGCGGUGCUGCCAGACGCAGAAAGCUAAGCCACGGUUAGAAAGAAGCUCGCAGGCGAGAGCAUGCAGUUCUGCAUGUGAUAUCUGUGCGGGCCUUUGGCGAUCAGCAGCAUCAGACAUUUUAGGGGAUCUCGAUAGGCAGGGCCCCUGCAGUUUGAUGACGCUGCGCCUCUCCGAUGCUUUGCUGGCACCCCGAGCUGGCUUUGCCCGCGCUGGGCAUCACCCCAUGUCAUCGGCAGCCUCUGCAUCGGCCUCAAGCGCGGGCAGCGCCAAGACAGCUUGCACAAUCAACGUGCACAACGCCGGCGACACGAGCGGCUACGUCGCCUACGGAGUCGAACGUGUUCGGGCUUGGCGGACUUCUGCGCGUGCAGACCCGUACCAGAAAGUGAAGGUUCAGCCACAUGGGGACGCCAGAGAGAAGGCCAAACUAGUGCACCAAGGUUUAUGCCGCCAUCUUCAAGAUGUGGAGGAUGGCCCCAGAGUAUCCCUAAGUCCCAGCACAACAAUUCCUGAAUCGCCUGUGCCAUCAUCUGAAUUUGAAGAUGCCGUUCAGGAGAAGGAACUCCACAGAGAGUCUAGUGUUUCAGUAGAACGCCGCCGGUGCAGAGACCGCCCGUUUGUCUUUAAACAGUAUCUCGAGAACACGAUGCCCACGCAUCGGUCCCUCGAUGAACAGUUAGCGUACGAGCUCAGCUUGUACUACACGGAUCUGAGGGGCCUCAGCAAUGUGGUGCAAAUCCAGACGCAUUUCUACGACCCUUCGCACACCCUGACAUUUGUGUUCCCCGAUCUCGGGGCCAACAAGUAUCCUGCUGACAGAUGUGGCAUAGUCAGCUAUAUGCGACAGAUGCUGUUGGCACUGGAUGCUCUAUGGAAUCGUGACAUUGUUCACUGCAACAUUAAAGGCGGCUCCAAGCCAAAUGCGAUCUUUGAUACUCGUGGCAAGCUGACGCUUAUCGACUUUGAAUCGGCAGUCCGUCGACAUGAGCUCAUUGACCAAGGACAGAACCUUCUGUCCUCAUGGGCUCAGACUCUCAACUACCGAGGCAAUCCCUAUUAUGUGGCCCCAGAAGUGUUGGUUUCACAGCCAGGACACAGCACUUACGGGGAAACCAGGUUCGGACGUCGCAGAGACACGUUCAGUGCAGGCAUUGUUUUCGCAGAGCUGUUAUUGGACGUAGCGCACAUGUUCGAUUAUGAGGCCGAUGAGGAAGGCUAUGUUUCGGACGAAGACAUCAUUGCGGCAUACGAGGAGUUGACGCAGCGUCUUUCCUUCAUGCAGCCGGAAGCUGCCUUGAGUUGCUACGGAAACUUCGUACUGGAUCAUUCUGAGUUUAAUCGCUUGGCAUCUGAUCUAGUUGUGAAGAUGCUCCAGUGGUGUCGGUUUUCUCGACCUAAGCCAUCAGACCUUCUGCAUCACUCGUUUUUUAAGCCGAGCUUCUGCCCCUCGUGCGACGUCUUCGAGUGA